UUUGUUAGCAAAAUAUAUUUAAAAAAGUUUUUAAAUUUGCAAAUGUUUUUUCGGACUGAGACAAUUUCGGCUAAAAUAAAAUAAUUAACUUUAUUUAUUUUUCAAUUUUUGCUUAUUUUAGAUAAGAUUUAGUUUAAAAUAUAUAUUCAUGAGAUAUAUUACCAAUGUGACCAUGAAUCAAUCAAUGUUAUACAUCAAUGUCUUACAUGCAUGUGCUUAAACUAAGACUUAUUAAGUUAGUAGUAGUUAGCCAAUGUAUUUAAAUAUAUAAAUCGUUCAAUACAACCAGAGCUGUGGAGGAAGUGAAAAAAAUUCUCUGGAUGGAAAUAGGAACAAAGCGGGAAAAAACGGCGAGCUGGAGGUUGACAUGAAUAGAAAGGAAGCGGAACGUUUUCUUUUUUUAUGGAAAAAAAUCAUCGUACGUAAAAUUUGCCUAAAAAUUAAGAUCGUUCAAUUGGGUCCUAAAAUGAAGCUUAGAUUGCUGAUAUUAUUGUUUACAGCGAUAAAGCUUUUUUUUUUUUUGAGUACAAUGACCCUUUGUACGACCACAAAGAGUUUGAAAUGGAUUUUUAAAUCAAUUUUGAAAAAUUAACCCCGCGGUCCUUCUUGACAGAAAAGCUCCUACUUGACAACUCGUUCCAAGGGGACCAUAGUUGAUCCAUCGAAAAAAUGUUGUCUUGUCAAUAUUUUUUUUUUGCAUUAAAAUGAAAAAAAAAGUGAUCAGAAAUGGUUUUUAAUCGUGUUUUUUACCGUUGUUCAUAAAAAUUGACAUAGGGCUUUAGUACCCAAUUUAAGAUAAGCCACCGUUUUUCAAACAAUCGCUCUGCAAAGCCGGCAUCUCGGAAGAAUGAUCAUGUCACAGCGAAUUCACUUUACUUCCUCCAAUGCUCGGGUUUUGCAUUUUAUUGCAACCAGAAAGGAAAAUGACAGAAAACUAAGUCCGGCAGUACCGGCGCUCACGGCGGCAUAGUUUCCUCCGCUGUCUGGUGCGGUUCCGGAAAAAAACAGAAGGAUCGCCUUCGACAAGCAGGAAGCAGCAAACAAAAUACUGGCCCCUCACGCCUGUGGAGCCACGAAGGAACAAGGCAAGGAGGUACUCUACAGUUCGGCUGAGCUGUGGAGGAUCUUCAACGAGUUCAGCACCCAGUUGAAAAGCAGCAAACCCACCCAGAUUAAUUAAAAGUGAUCGGUUUCAUCACAGAGUAAGGCAGAGUCACUACUGCCAUUCGAUUUUUGGUUCCACUUUGUGGUACAUCGCACGCCUGCUACCAGCAAACCUUAUUGAGCCAAAAAAUAAAACGACAUUUCUUCGGACUGCUCGCUCUGUGUUACUCUGUGGUUUCAUGUCCUGCAAGUAUGGUGUGAAAUGACCCUUGCUGUCAUUAGUUGAAAAAAAUAUUUUCAUUAUUUUUUAUGUCACAUUCAUGAUUUGCGGUCCUACCCUCGUCUCGGCACCGAAGAGGACCGAAUAAAAAUAAGUUAUGAAUAAAAAAAAAUUCGCGGAGAAAGUUGCAUCACAUGAGUCAUGCACGAUCUUGAGCACUAUUUUGAAAUGAGCUGCAAGAAAAUUUGUUUUGUCAAGAAGGGCAGAUGACGACUGACUGGAAAUUUAAAUGGGAAGAGAAAUUAUCUUGCACAAAAAACAAAAACAACAACAAGAAAAUGAAUAAGAAUAAGAAGACCUCUUCGCUUCUCCCUCCCAGAUGUGCACGAGACCGAGAGAAACAACAGCAAACUGGCCGUCACGGUCAUGUUUUCAUUCUACGCGUCUGGGGAAUCGGUGCCACCGACGGUCAUCUAUCCGUAUAAAAGUAUCCCGAGUACGAUCGCUCAGUCCGUUCCGUCUACUUGGGGGAUUGCAAAAUCGGACAAAGGGUGGAUGACUGCUGACGUUUUUCGUGACUACAUCCGAAACGUCCUCAAUCCGGACCUGGAGAAACGAGGCGUGAAAAAACCCGUUCUGUAUUUUGUGGACGGACACUCUAGCCACAUCAACCUGGAAACCUCCAAAAUGUGCCGUGAUCUGGGAAUAAUUCUGAUCGCACUCUACCCAAACGCGACCCGAAUCAUGCAGCCGGCUGACGUGUCCUGUUUUAAGCCAUUGAAAAACGGAUGGCCCAAAGCUGUAGCAAAGCUACGUCGCAACGAUCCGAACGCGAAGGUCACUUUGCAGAACUUCGCACCUGUUUUGCUGGACUGCAUCCGCAAUUCGCUGACCAGACUGAUCAUCAAAAAAGGAUUCCGCGCAUCGGGACUGUUUCCGUGGGAUUUCAACGCAAUUGACCUUACCAAGUUCACGGCAAUUUCGAAAGCUAAGGACGACAUCAUGCUGGAGGAUUCAACGGAAGAACGCGAGUCUGAUUCUGAUGUUCAGCGACAGCUUGUAAAGGCCAAACACGCUCUCGGAGAGUGUGCUUCUGCACUCGGCGUAAACCGUAUCAACAAGUUUAAAGGUGCAUUUGUCUGCCUCGAUAACGAUGAGGAAAAGGCCCUUUUUGACAUUUUUGAGACGCUGAACAAGUUCUCUCCAGAAUCGAUCGAGGCAGUCGAGCAGCAGCAGGAAGAUGAGCAUACCGAUGGAAAUGCUCAAGACUCGGCUCAAGAUGUUGAUGUCGAUGAACAAAAUCCGAAUGAGACAGAUUCGGUAGAUCGCGACGACUCGGGUGUGUCUGGUCUCACCCUGAAAGAUAUCUUAACCACUCCGCCAACACCGAAACGCACAGGCACACGUGAAUACAAAUCGAAGAAAUUCCUCGUGCUUACUUCUGAUGAGUUCAUUGAAGAGUUCACUCAAAAAGAACAAGAAAAGAAGCGUCAGGAAGAAGCUAAGGAGAACAGGAAGAAGGAACGCGAGCAGAAGAAGAUCGAGAACGCGUUGAAAAAGAAGAUUAAGUCCGAGGAGAAGGCCGUACGCAACAAGCGAAAGGCACUUUCGGAUAAGAACUAACCUUUGCUUAACUGAGUUAUUUGAAAUGGUUAAGCUUAACACAUGAUGCGAAGUGCACAUUCGGAUUGCUAAGUUUCAUUUUGUUCAAACUGAUUA